AAAGUAUCCAUAUACCUCAUCCAUUCAAAUAUUUGGGUUUUAUCACUUUUGGGGCAACGAAAAGGAGAGGAGAGACAGUGAUGAAUGAAGAACCCAUGUAGAUGGAGAUAACACUACAGAACAUGAACAUACGUACAUAUGUAUAUACACCAAUGGAGGCAGGAAGAAACUUGCUUACUUUGUCUCCUCCGAUCCUCCCUCCCCAAACCCAUCAUCGGAUUUCUUCAUUUUGUUCUUUUUCAGUUUUGAUGCUUCAUGAGCAAUCAGCUCGUUCACUUCCCUUUUUGGCUACUACUUCUUUAGCUCAACAUUUCCCAACCUCAGUCGUUCAACAAGAGCAGCGUGACGAGGGUAGGUCAUUGUUGCGCAUAACGAGGGAAGACAAAACAUGCCAGGUAAUAUUGGAGAAGACACGAGAGGAGAGUGAGUCCUCAGCACAUGAAGACGAUAUUAGCUAUUCUUAUGAACGGCUAAAGGAUUUAGAAUGUCGGAUUCUGAAUUUGCCUGCUUUAUGGUAUCUUCGCUUGUUUGGUAUCUGUUGCAGAUUGCCGUCCUUGCAGUAUGGUGAUUUAACAUCCUUUUCUAUGCUGUCUGGUUUUAGUAAAACAAAGAGGCUUGUGGAUGUUGAAUCACAUGAUGUGGUUGCCCUUGCUAAGAAAGCUUUGUCAGCCUCAAAACAAGCAGCUUUGUUAGCCGAUGAGUUACAUUUAUUUGGACCCAAAGUUGAUGAAUUCCGCGCCGAAGUUGAUGAAUUCCAAACUCCUAGUUCCACAUCCACAAGUUUCUCAAAUUUCCCGCUUGAGGAGGUGAUAACUGUAAGGUCAACACGUCUACUAGAGAGGCAAAAGAAAAGAGGCGGACCAAUUCCUGAAGUUAUGGUUCAGGAGACUAGAAAUCCUCCAAGGUCAAAAUCAAGAAGAAAAUCAAGUAAACCAUACGAACCAGACAAUCCUGUUCGAAAUUUCCUGCGGAGACCAGAAAAGAAGAAACUUUUGACCGUACAAGAAGAAACUGAAUUGUUUACUCAGAUACAUGUUUUGAAGAGAUUAGAAGAAUUGAAGAGUAGGCUUCAGUCUGAGGUUGACCGUGAACCAACAAUGGCAGAAUGGGCUUCUGCUGCUGGGCUUAGUUGUCAGGCCUUGAAGUGGCAAGUCCGUUGUGGUAACAACUGCCGGGAGAGAAUAAUUUAUGCCAAUUCCCGUAUGGUGGUUCAUAUUGCUAAAAAAUAUUGUGGACGUGGUCUCAACCUUGAGGAUUUAUUGCAGGAGGGAAGUGGAGGUCUUAUGCGAAGUGUUGAAAAAUUCAAGCAGCGGCCGGGUUGCCGGUUUUCAUCUUAUGCUUACCUUUGGAUAAAGCAAGCAAUUAGGAAAGCCAUUGUUCAAAACUCUAGGACAAUUGCAAUCCCAGAGAGUUCAUACAACCUUCUGUACAAGGUGAUGGAUGCAAAGAGAUUAUGCAUUGAAGAUGGAAAUCAUCAACCAAAAACAGAGGAUAUUGCCACAAGAGUUGGAAUGACAGAUGAGAAGUUGCAAAGAUUUCUGUGUUCUGUGAGGAAGCCUGUCUCAAUCGACCAACCUAUAUGGACGGACCAAGACACUACGUAUCAGGAAAUCACCGCUGACCCUGCAAUUGAGAACCCAGAAGUUAGCAUGGAAAAACAUUUCAUGAAGCAGCAUCUUCGCUACCUCCUGAGCACUCUCACUCCUAGAGAGCAGACAAUAAUUCGGAUGAGAUUUGGCCUUGAGGGUUCGAACAUACAAUUGUUGUCAGAUAUUGGUGUUGGUUUUGGGAUAUGCAAGGAGAGGGUCCGGCAGCUGGAGAGCAAAGCAUUGUCAAAGUUGAAGCGAAGGCUCAGCAGCCAAGACCAAGAUGCUUAUGCAAAUUUACUUAGGUAGAUGUAGAGAUACUUUUCGCUUAUGUCCUGGUAUCCACACGGUCAGAUUUUCUCAAGUGAAUUUGUUAGGGAAAUUACUGAGUUGCUCUAGAACACACAGUUGUUGCACGUAAUGCUCCUGAUCGAAGAGGGAGCGAAGGGGAUGUAUGCGGUGAUGAUUGCUACUCUUAUUUGUCACGGAGCCUCUCGUUCGAGUUGGUGAUCAACUCGUUUAUUUUGUCAGCGAAUUGAAUCUAUUAGGACAUCAAAAGAAAUGUACAUUACCUUUGUGGCCAAUGUAUUCUCUCUCUCUCUCUCUCA